CAUCCUCCAUCUCCUUCAGCUGCCCUCGGGAAUCUCUGUUCCAGCAGCGCUCCCUCUCCAAGCUUUCAACAGCCCGGCUUGUCACGCACAAGCGAUUAUUUCUCUCUCGUCCGCGUGUGAUGACAGCUUCUGAUGGGUGCUGACUGCGAGUAAAAGUUUUCCAUGGCUGUCUGUUAAUCUGCUGACUGGGUGCGUCGUGUGAACUGCAAGUGAGUGCACUCCUCCCUUGAUUUCCACCAGAAGUCCACCCAGCAUCACCACGACACACGACACGACUCUUUGUCACGGACUCACGGCAGCACAUAUCCCAAGCAAUUCGGGAGUCCGUCCAGACCCUUCGGCGUGUCGUCUUUCCCGAACCCGACCACGUGUGCCGGGCUGAGCUCUAGGGCUAGCAAAAUAAACCUCCGCGUGCUCCUCCCUUAUCUUCGACCACACAAUCCCGAAGCCGUUCUUUUCUCUCCUCCGCGGACGAGUGAACCUCAAGCAACAAAUUCAGGAAGCGCUGCGCUGCUAACUCGGCUCCCUCUUCGGCGGCUCUUGUUUCGGACCGAGCUCUAUCCACGUGUCAGGGAGCUUCGAUUAGGACUUUAUUCCACUCGUCCUCCUCCUGACGCAUGGCAACUCCUGUUCUCGGCAGCAGCAGCAGCAGUUGGUUCGUCCACAUGCUCCCAAUCGCCGCGAGCCACGCAAGCUACUCUGACCUCGCUCUCGAGCUCCUCGCCUUCGUCGCUCCCCUCUGGCUCGCCGUGCUCGUCGGCGUGAUCCUCGGGUGGUCAUGGCGGCCGCAGUGGGUCAACUCCCUCGCGUCGGACCCGCGUUCCUCCGCCAUCUGGUCGCUCCUCACCGGCGGGCCCUUCAAGGACGCGUGGUCCGCGGGGUGGUCGUGGGGCCAGGCCGUGCUGGACUCGUGCGGCCACGUGCAAGUCCCGGGAUUUACGGCAGCGGGAGCCAAGGAGGGAGUUGAGGGAGUUAAGGGCCCCAGGUUUCAGCCAGUAGGGGUGCUCUUCGGAAAAGACUGGAGCGCGCUGAGUGAGAAGGUGCUGCCUUGGCGGGCGGGCGAGAGAGCGGCUGAGAGGGGUGGUGGUUAUGGGAAAGUAGCUGCUGGGGAGAGCGAUGGUGCGGGCGCGAGGAGGCCGGAAAGUGCGGAGGAGUUUGGCGAACGGAACGGUAGUCGUGUUACUGGUCCCGCGAACGGCGGUGCUGAGAGCCAUGCGUCGACUGACGAGCCGUCAAUUCAGUCGCUGGCGAAUGAUUCGCUCCCUCCGGCUCUGCGGAAAGGGGGAUUCCAGAAAGGCGGGCUGCAGCUGCUGGAGAUUGGCCGCGACGUGCACGGGCACGGGCAUGGGCAUGGGCAUGCCAACGGUCACGUCUCUGCGCACGAGAACGGGCAUACGCACGGGCAGGGUUCUGAGCAUGGGCUUGCGGAGUCGGAUAUGGAGUUAGUUCUUACCGAGGAUGACUUGGAGGAGUUUUGCGCCAAGGUGGAGGGGAAGGACGGCGGGCCGGAGUGGCAGCUGAUGAUGGAGAAGUCUAUAAAGGGGAUGCAGUACACCGGCUGGCGGCGGGACCCCGAGCACGGCCCGACGGAGUACCGCAGCCGCACGGUGAUGGAGCGGUGCUCGGCGGCGCUCAUGCGCGACUUCUUUUGGGACGACGAGUUCCGCGCCGCGUGGGACGACAUGCUCGUGCAGGCGCGCACCAUCACCGCGUGCGAGCGCACGGGCUUCCAGAUCGUUCACUGGGUCCGAAAGUUCCCUUUCUUCUGCAAGGACCGGGACUACGUGAUCGCGCGGCGCAUCUGGUCGCACGACGACACCUUCUACUGCAUCACCAAGGGCGUGCACCACCCCGAGGUGCCCAAGCGCGACAAGCCGCGCCGCGUCGAGGUCUUCUACUCGAGCUGGCGCAUCCGCCCCGUUGUUGGCGCUGAGGGGGGCGAUGCAGCCGAGGUAAUGCUCUUCCACCAUGAGGACAUGGGCCUGCAGAGGGAUAUUGCCAAGCUGGGGGUGCGGCAGGGCAUGUGGGGCGCGGUGCGCAAGAUGGAGCCCGCGAUCCGCAAGUACGAGAGGCAGCGGGCCGAGACGGCGCGGCCGUUGUCGCGCUGUGUGUCUAUGGCGAACCUGCACACGCCCAUCGUGCCAUCGCCUGGGAGCAGCCGGGACGGCGAGGAGGACGGGGAGAGGGAGGGCGGGGCGGAAAGCAAGGGACGGCCGCGUGGGGGAUUGAAGAAGGGGAAGGGAAUGGGGAUGCGGAAGUGGGUGAGCUUCUCGGACUUGGCCAUGGCCGGGGAGGCGAGGAGGAGGGAGGAGCGGGAGGGCAGGAAAGAGGAGGAAGAGGGGAGUAAGGAGGAGGGGGGGAAGAGGAAGGAGAGGAGGGUUAGAGUGGUGGAGGAAGUGGAGGGGGAGGGGCAGAGUAGCAGUGGCAGGGCGGGGAGUAGCAAUGUGGUGGUUGAGAGCGGUUCUGGAAAUGUUGGUGAGAGGUCUCCAGGUGAAGGCUCAGCCGUUGGAUCUGGAGACAGCAGAGGAAGGCGACGGUCUGGAUCGGGCCAGCAUGAGAGGAGCGAUUCUUGGGAUGGGGGCAGUGAGGUGAUGGUGAGGGGUGGGAGAGGGGAGGAGAGGAGAGGGAAGAAGGUAGCGACGGUGAGGGUGGGAUGGGUGGUGGCGACGACGGCACUGGCUUUUGUCUGUGGCGUGGAGGCGGGGGUGCUGAUGAAGCUGGUGCUUGCAGGAGCGGUGCAAAACUUGGCUUCGAGACGUGCUGCUGCUGCGGCGAGGAAGGAGAGAUUGCAGAACUAGCUGAUGGAAGGGAUUAGCUGAUCUUGAAUACCGUGCAUCGCCUUUUGCCCGAUUUUGGACUCGAUUGCUGGGCAGUCCGUCUUUGCUAUGAAGUGAUGUGUUUUUUAGCCUUUUUGGAGAAAUUUGGUGG